AUGCUAAGAGACCAGAGAAAAGGUGAAAGCAUAAAUUCAGCUGCAUAUCCUCUUCAAUUAUUUUCUGUUGGAUUUAUUGUCCUGCAGGCUCUUAAUAUUUAUGAGUGGUUAUGGGAAAUCCAGCCAACUUUGAAUACAGUAUAUCUGGUAUACGCAAUGGUAUCUACAGCAUUCAAGUUUGAUCUGACGUUGCUAGGAAUUGCUCUAUCAGUGAUUUACCAAAAUAAGCCAGUGAAGGCAACACCAAUAUCUAAGAAUGUUAAAGCAACUGUGAACUCCUUCUUUAUUCUUGGAGGAAUCCUCACUAUUGUGCAGUUGACCGUGACUCUCCUCGCAAUGCAUCAGUACACAUUCAGUGUCCUCUGGACCUUAUUGCUACUCAUGGUUGGCCAAUCAAUUUUAGAGGUGAUCGUAUUUACAAUGAUGCUUUUCUUCUCAAAAUUAGUAAUGAACCAAUAUGAGGCUCAAGUUGAGGAGAACCUUAAGGCAGAUAAGCUUACGAAGCAGGAGCCUCUAGCAGCUCCCACCCAAGCUUAAUCUCGCUUGAGGAUUCAAUAAUUUUACAUACAGAAUAAUAUUUCA